CUUCCCCUUGCUUUCUCCUUUCCUCCUUCAGAAAUGCUUUCUCUGAAGAAAUAUUUCACCGAAGGCCUCAUCCAGUUCACCAUCUUGCUCAGCCUCAUCGGCGUUCGCGUGGACGUGGACACCUACCUGACCUCGCAGCUGCCCCCUCUUCGCGAAAUCAUCCUCGGCCAGAGCUCUGCUUACACUCAGACCCAGUUUCACAACCUGCGCAACACCUUGGAUGGAUAUGGCAUCCAUCCAAAAAGCGUAGACCUGGACUAUUACUUCACAGCUCGCAGGCUCCUCAACCAGGUGAGGGCCCUGGACAGGUUUGAGGUGCCCAGCACCGAGGUCAACGCCUGGUUGGUGCACAGGGACCCCGAGGGCGCCGUGUCCAGCACCCAGCCCAGCGCCGGCAUCGCCCUCGAGAGCGGCAGCGGCCUGCAGGAUGGCACCGGCCCCGACAGCCCCGGCGGCGGCGUGAGGGAGAGCGGAGCGGAGCAGGGCUUUGGGGAAGAGCUGGAAGAUCUGGGAGCGGUGGCGCCUCCGGUGAACGGGGACCUGACCAAAGAGGUAGGCGGUGCCUUUUUUCGACUAAAAACGUGUGACAGGAAAGAACGGGAGCCCUGUGAGGACUCAGGGCAGGGCCGGCUCUUGCGUGCGAUGGAAGUGACCAACAGCAGCGCCGAGCCCCUGUACAACGGGACGAGCGGAGACCUGCUGACCUCCAACUACAGCCUCGCGCCAAGCACUCCCAUCAACCAGAACGUCAGCCUGCAUCAGGCCUCGCUGGGCGGCUGCGCCCAGGACUUCUCCCUGUUCAGCUCGGAAAUGGAGAGCCCGGCGCUGGCGGGCGGCUCGGCCCUGCUGCAGCUGGCGCCGGACAACUCCACCGGCCUCAGCUCCAGCUUCGGCUCCACCAACCUGAGCGGCAUCUUCUUCCCGCCGCAGCUCAACGGCACCGGCAACGAGACGGGCGGCCCCGAGCUGCCGGACCCGCUGGGCGGGCUGCUGGACGAGGCCAUGCUGGACGAGAUCAGCCUCAUGGACUUGGCUAUCGAGGAGGGCUUCAACCCCGUGCAGGCCUCCCAGCUGGAAGAGGAGUUUGACUCCGACUCGGGGCUUUCUCUGGAUUCCAGCCACAGUCCUGCUUCUCUCAGUAGCUCGGAAGCCUCCUCCUCCUCCUCCUCUUCCUCCUCUUCCUCCUCCUCCUCGUUUUCCGAGGAAGGAGCUGUUGGUUACAGCUCAGACUCUGAAAACGUGGACUUGGAAGAGACGGAAGGGGCCGUCGGCUACCAGCCCGAGUACAGCAAGUUCUGCCGCAUGAGCUAUCAGGACCCCUCGCAGCUUCACUACCUGCCUUACCUGGAGCACGUUGGCCACAACCACACCUACAACAUGGCACCCGGCGCCCUGGAGCCCGAGGAGCCCAAGCUGCCCAACAUCGGCAAGAAGAGCAGCAAGGAGAAGCCCUCCGAGUUCCUGGACAAGCAGAUGAGCAGGGACGAGCAUCGCGCCAGAGCCAUGAAAAUCCCCUUCACCAACGACAAGAUCAUCAACCUGCCCGUGGAGGAGUUCAACGAGCUGCUCUCCAAGUACCAGCUGAGCGAGGCCCAGCUGAGCCUCAUCCGGGACAUCCGGAGACGCGGGAAGAACAAGAUGGCAGCCCAGAACUGCCGCAAGAGGAAGCUGGACACCAUCCUGAACCUGGAACGGGACGUCGAGGACUUGCAGCGGGACAAGUCCAAACUGCUCAGGGAGAAGGUGGAAUUUCUCAAGUCCAUCCGCCAGAUGAAGCAGAAGGUGCAGAACCUCUACCAGGAGGUGUUCGGCCGCCUGCGGGACGAGAACGGGCAGCCCUACUCGCCGAGCCAGUACGCGCUGCAGUACCGCAACCCGGCGCCGCGCGCGCGGGCCGAGCAGCAGGCGCGGCGGCAGGAGAGGAAACAGAAGGACCGGCGGAAGUGAGAGCCGCGGCGGAGAGGGAAACUCGCUCAAGAGAGACCUGGAGAAGGGCUGAGCCUGGAAGAACUUAGAGGAACUUUCAUGCCUUCGUAUCCAAUAUAUCUUCUCAACCAUGACUGCUGCCGGGCCGUGUACAGCAAGAGACUGGUGCCCUCGGAGGGCGCGGGACCGCGCGCUGCGAUGCCGAUGGCUCCCUGCGGGGAGAGCCUGGGAGGAAGGGACAGUGCCCCGGCGAGCCCAGCGCCUCCGACAACCUGGAAUCCUUUGAGCGCAGGAAAACAAGCUGGCAUCACGGGUGGUGAGAAUUGGCAGGGUGGAAAAACUACUGGUAGGAACUGGCUUUAAAUAUGAAAAGAGAUUUAAGCAAAUGAACUUAAAACAAGUUAUAGGAGAGACAUUUUUCUGAACUUCCAAAGUUCUGUGAUUUCAGGUAGUUGUGUUUUUUUGGUUUCUUUUUUUCCUUCCCCCCCUUUUUUUUUUUCCUGAACCAGUUUUGACAUCAGUGUGUGUGAUCCAAUCUGAUUUAAUUCCAGCAUAACCGCCAUCCCUUCCUAGAUCAGACCAGUGCACACAUGGCCACACACGUGCCGUGACUUCCAUUAACCCU